AUUAUGGUACUUACGGAAUUAAUCGGGACCGUCAUUCUUGCCUUGAGCAUUGUGUAUAUUUAUUACAAAUAUGUGAUAUUUAAUUUCUGGCGUAAAAAAGGUGUAUUUUACGUCGAGCCCGUUGUACCAACUGGUAAUGUAACAGCUCUCAUAACUGGAAAGGUGCAAGUAGGCGUAUUCUUCCAGAAUGCUUACAUGAAGUAUAAGCAUCAUCUCGCUUUUGGAAUGUAUACAUUUUUUAAACCAAAUUUGGUAAUAGCCGAUCCCGAUCUUAUUCGAACAGUGUUGACGAAAGAAUUCGGAAGUUUCCAUGAUCGUGGAAUGUAUUGCAACGAAAAGAUUGACCCAUUGUCCGGUCAUUUGUUUCUUAUAUCUGGAAAGAGAUGGCGAAAUAUGCGCGUUCAAAUGACACCCACUUUUACUUCAGGAAAAAUAAAGCAGUUGUUUCCAAUUCUGAAGGAGUGUAGCGAAGAAUUCGCAAAAUAUUUAGAAAAGAAAGCACAGAUGAGGGAUUUCGUCGAGAUGAAAGAUAUAUUUGCAAGGUAAACUCUUUCAGGAAAAAAUUGUUAUUUGAAUGACGUUUUAAACAACAAGAAAUAGAUAUCUUACUUUAAAGAUAAAAGUUGUUGUUAUAAAAAUUUGAUAUAAGAAGAAAGAUAAGUAUAUUCUUCUUACAAAAUAAUUUUUUAUUAAUUAUGCAUAUAAAUGUUAUUGCUU